GUUGGAUCGCCGAUCAGAACGGUACGAACUCCACAGACCGAUCGUAACAAGGGACCGUCGCGUGUAUCCGACCGCAAUACAACCGUACAUCGAACACACACGAGGAUAACAUGUCGGCCAUGAUCAGGAACGUUUUCAUAAGCGAUCCCGUGGACUCGUCCUGCGGCGAGCUACUCGUUCGUCACGGUAUACCAGUCACAAUCAAGUACAAGUCAUCCAAGGAGGAGCUCAUCAAAGAGCUUCAGAAUCACGAUGCCUUGAUCGUUCGAUCGGAAACGAAAGUUACCAGCGACGUGUUCGCCAGUUGCCCUAAUCUUCGCGUGGUCGGCCGUGCUGGAACUGGCGUGGACAACAUCGACCUACAAGCUGCCACGCGGAAGGGAGUCAUCGUUCUCAAUACUCCCAGCGGGAACAGCAUCAGCGCCUGCGAGCUGACGUGCGCGCUCAUCUCAGCUCUGGCGCGAAACGUGGCUCAGGCAUCCAAGGCGCUGAAAGAGGGAAGAUGGGACAGAAAGCUGUAUUCCGGUUUCGAGCUGUCGGGCAAAACGCUUGCCAUUCUCGGAAUGGGGCGGAUCGGUCGCGAGGUAGCCAGAAGAAUGCAGGCAUUCGAGAUGCGUGUGAUCGCGUUCGAUCCGAUAUUGACAGCCGAGGACGCUGUCAAGCUGAACGUCGAAAAGCUAUCUCUGGACGAGAUAUGGCCACUGGCGGACUACAUUACCGUGCACACGCCGCUUAUACCUCAAACGAGAAAUCUGAUCAACUCGACGACGUUGGCAAAAUGUAAGAAAGGGGUACGCAUCGUGAACGUGGCCCGCGGAGGCAUCGUCGACGAGGAAGCUCUCCUAAAUUCGCUCAAAUCAGGACACUGCGGAGGCGCCGCUUUGGACGUGUUCGUUCAAGAACCGCCGAAAGAUCCUGUCACCUUGGAGCUGAUUGCUCAUCCCAAUGUCGUCGCCACUCCCCACCUCGGAGCUAGUACCGCAGAAGCUCAGGCACGUGUCGCUUUAGAGAUAGCUCAGCAGUUUCUGGUAUUAGCGGGUAAAUCAACGGAGUACGCGGUUACUGGAAUUGUGAACGCUCCGAUCUUAAUCGCCGCCAUGACGGAUGAGAAUGCACCGUGGAUAGAGUUGUCCAAAAGGCUAGGCCAGCUGGUUGCGCGUCUCUCCAAGGAAAAUACGAAGGUCGUCGUGCGUAGCCAAACGAUUGGAAGCGGAAUGGAGGAGAAGGCAUUCGUUCACACGGCCGUUCUGGUUGGAAUUCUGUCCAGACAAACCAAGAACGGCUUGAACUUAAUCAACGCGCUGACCUUGGCUCGAGAAAUAGGCAUCGAGCUUCAGAGUAGCCACACCAAAGCUGACGGUAAAGCAAUUCUCGUACAAAUGGAAGGUCACCGAAUUAAAGGGACCGUCCGUGACAACGAACUCCUGCUGCUCUCGCUAGAUGACUCUGUGUUCGCCAAUGGAAUACCUUUAGGGGAUCAUGUUUCUCUGUACCGAGCGAACGGGGUUCAAGAUCUGGCGCAAAUCGUAAAUGCAUUCUCGAUAAAAGGCAUCAAUAUUCACAACUUGAAUGCCAACGGCAGCUGGAUAAUUAUACAAACUGAUCAGGAAGUCUCUGUAACCGUCGACGGCAUCCAAAGUUUCUAACAUCGACGUGCGAUCCGAAGCUCAAAGUCGAGCUACGUAUACAUAUUCCUUAACCUUUCUUUUCCUUAUUGCUUCAUAUAUGUACAUGUGUAGAAAAGAUAUUCAGUAUUUUGAAGCUCGAGAUAAUUUAUCGAGUCACGAUCAUUAUAUUUAACAUCGGUGUAUCAGUAGCACGUCGCUCAUCCCUGUUCACAGGUCUUUUAUUUAUUAUUCGACUCGAAUAAAGUUAGGGGGAGAAUGAUCAAUGCCUCAUUUUUGUUGAAACAUUCGUUCUACGGUCGCAUAUAA